GAGUCAUGUUGAUAGACUAACUCUUGAAUAAUAAAGUGACUGAGUACAAACAACUAUUAUCAAGCAUAAGCACCACAUCGCCAAUCAUGGCUGAAUACAUAGAGUGGAGAAGGCAACACAAGUCUGAUUUGGCCAGUGCUGUUUGGCAGCCAUUCCAGGUCAAUGGGUGCAUGGGGCCUACCUUUGUGAAGAUGAUUUUCUCCGAGAGUAGCUAUUCCUUGAUGUGGUUUUACAAUGAUGGUUUGUUCGAAUGCAAGGCACAAGCAGAUGAUAUCUUAGGACAAACCAAAACCAUGAAUCCACACUUGGAGGCACCGCUGAGAAGAAUAUUGCACCACAUAGAGUCGGUCAUCAGUGCGCAGGUUGUUGAGGGUGUAACGUUCAACGUGACUCAGAGCAAUGACAACUUGGACAUCGAUUUCACAUCGAAAUUAGCCAGUGUCAGAUUUGUCUGGACAUUUUCAGCCAGAAGACUGCCUUGCGCGAGCACAAGUGAGAUGAUGGUCAUUCCUCUCCUGACAACAGUCAGCGAACUGCACCGACAGAAGACCGAGCUCGAGAAACUGCUUGCCCGCAAGGACACAGAAAUUGCCGACUACACAUCGCAGGGGGCGCUGCUGUCUAAACGGCGACUGCUCACGCCGGCGUUUGAUGCAACGGCGUUCCGCCACCAGAUGGCGACGUCACAGGGCUUCGACGCGGCGGUCGCUGCCGGCGGCCGAGAUGCGUUCUCGUCGGACGAUGUGCGGCGUCUUUACGGAGAACUGACCCUGAAGCGACGCUGGCUGUGCAGAGAGCCAGAGUCGAGCACAGACAACGAGGAAGAGGUGACAGAAAACAACACGUCCGUCGUUACGGGCGUAUCCUGGGGCGACGAGCGACUGCCGCCAUCGCUGGUGGCGGGCUCUGUCACACCCGGCGUUAGUCCGAGCAAGUCACCCAGAGAAAACUUGGAGGAGACGGCAGAGUUGACGAGGAGGAGGGAACUAGAGGAGAAGCUGGCAAAGGAGGAGGUGAAGAGGAUUAAGAAAAGUAAAAAGAAACGAUUGUUUUAACGCC